AUGGGCAAGUCAGCCAGCGACGCCAACGGCACCGGUGAAGGCAAGAUGUUCUCCGAGAACACGGUCGCAGUCCUCCUGAUGGCGGUUGGCAAUACCAGCAUCAGCGUCAGCCAGUAUGACAUGAUGAGCGCCCUCGAUGGAAACAAGACUGCGUCUUCCUUCCAGCAUCAGUUCCGUUCCGUCCUUAAGAAGGCCCGAGAGCUCAAGGAGCGCGUCGAAGGCGGAGAACAAUUCGUCGCUGUUGCACCCUCCAAGAAGCGCGGUGCAGACGCCGUGGAUAAGGGUCUGACUCCACCUGCUACGCCCAAGAAGCCGAAGGCAACCCCGAAGCCGCGUGCGAAGAAGAGCAAGGCCAAGAUUACCGAGGAUGAUUCUCCCAACAACGAUCUCAAUGACGACGUCUUCGCUAGCGCAUUCGGCAAUACCGUCAAAAAGGAGGCCGAUCUGGACGAAGAGGAAAUAAGCACCGGUCUCCCGUCUCCCACCGACCGCACACCGGGAUGCUGCCAAGGAGCGAUCGAUCAAACCACUUCAUCUCCGGCACAAAAUCCCCGUCUUAUUUCGAGAUCGCUGCACCGCGAUGCAAAAGGUAUAGUAAUUGGCGUUGCGGGAGAGAAGACCGAUGACGGCAUCGCGGCGGCUCGUCGACAAUCCGGCGGCGUUCGCAUUAAUAGUUUCCUACCCAAUAAGGAAGGCAUGUAAUUGGUUGUUGCUAGGGGGAAACGGGAAACCGCCGGAAUGCUGACUGAAGAGAUGGGUUCAUGAGGAUCAUCGCGAGACCUGUUUCUCGUAAACAGAUGCAUUUCAUCAUGGCACAGCUGAUCUUUCCACAAGUAUUCUUUUCCUGCGCCGCCAACGAUGUCGCGAACGACGCGAGAAACAGCUGCAGGCGCAGCCCCUGAAUUUCCCCCGCGUAUUGGGCGGCGUUGAGCUACGCUGAAGGGGGCUUAGCGGUGCUGCAAAGGCGGCGCGAUCACGGCAGCCGUUGGUGUUUGGCUUCAGGGAUGCGAGCUGCAGGCCAAGCGCUCACGCGUGAA